AAACCCAUGGCAAUUUUAGGGUUGUUAGGAAAUCUGCCCGCUACAUGUCAACGAGGGGGGCAUAAUGUUAUAAUAGAUUAUUUAUUAUGAAACAAAAACAAAAAUUUAAAAAAUGAUAAUUCAUAUAACAGGAAUUAUCUAAUUUGUGUGUACAUGAUAGUUCAUUCAGCCUCAAUCGCGAUAUGUUGUUGCUAUUAUUAAAACAAGAAAACAGAAUAAAAUCUACGACAAUAGAAUAUCACCUGCUCGUGUUAACAACAACAACAAAAAUUGGAAAGUUACAAAAAAAGGAAGCAUUAAAGAUGGGCGAUACAACAUGCAACACGUUUAUUAAUUUAUUGACCAGUCCAGUUACUGAUGUGUUUGGAGUUUUAUUUCUUCUUCUUGCUGUUGGUGUAUGUGCAGGAAAUAGUAUGAUUUUGUUCAUUCUGCGACAUGAUGUAUUACAGAUGAAAUAUAAUCGCUUGUUACAGUCUUUAGCCGUUUCCGAUUUUCUAGUUGGAUGUGUGCUCUCUCCAUUGACAGGUAUACAAGUUUUGAAAAGAUCGUUCCAAUGCAAUUUACUUUUCGAUACUGUUCGACGAUAUUUUACAAUACUUCUUGUGGGUACUUCGGUAAUUACCGUCGGUAUUAUUAGUUACGAUCGGUAUAUAUUACUAAAAAGAUCGAAAAAUUACGACCAAUACAUGACUACGCGAAAGUUAUACAUUUUGGUAGCGUUCGCGUGGCUGUUUCCAGCUUUAACUCCUUUUAUAAGAUACGCUGGUGUUUAUCCGUAUUACGCUGUUGUUAUCUUACUGGUCGUGGGUCCGCUAUUUACACUUCUUGUCAGCUAUUACUUUUUAAGUUCUGUAGUAAAGAAGAAAGAAAGAUCAGUGAAUGACUUAAGAAAAAGCGUGAUAGAAGAGUUUGGUAGUAGUAUCGCUGUCAGAUUAAGCUCGACGAGGCAAGAAAACGAGAUAACGGUAGAUAACCAUAGCAACACGUUGCAUCCUAUCGACAAGAUUAAAGCGUGUCGGCACGAGAAAAAAUACGUCAAAACAGUCAAAGCCGUGACGACGCUCAUCACAUGCUACUUUAUAUGUAUUGUUCCGAUUUUAAUUUGCCUCGUGUUAAUGAUGGUGAACGACAAGACGAAGUAUGCGGAUGAGAAAGACCUUCAAAUAGUUUAUUAUGUCGCUUGUUUCACCUCUCAAAUAAAUUCUUGUAUUAACCCAAUCAUCUACUUCGCCAGAAUUCCAAAGAUACGCAGAGAAAUUCAAAAGUUGUUUAGACACAAAAAAAUGCCAAGCUAAAGAAAGGACUUUGGGAAAGCUUGCUAUGUUUAUUAAAACAACAACAGAACAACAAAAUCAAAAACAAAUAAGUAUAACAAGACCUACAUUCAGGAGAGUCAAUAUUACCGCUACUUAUUUGCCUGAAUGUGUUUUUUAUAGGAAUCGUGUUUCGAACUUAACGAAAAAUUGGACAGAGUACAAAAUUAUUUCGCAUUAUUUUGCAAAUAUUGUUAAGCCAUAGAUAAGUCAUUUAAAUGUUUUGGGGGAACCAAGCUUCAACUGUCGAUGCAAAAUUUAAAAACACACUACGGUUGAACUACGAGUACCGAAUACACGCUUAAAGGUUUAGGACUUUAUAUCUAAAUAAUCGAAUAGGUGACACAGUGAUAUCACCCUCUACUCAAUAAAACUUGUAUCUCUGAUUUCGUUCAUAAUAUCAUUUCAUUGUUUAGUACGAGAAUAAGGGAAAUUCAAAAAUCGACACGUGUUUAUUAAAAGCUACUUUAAACCUUCGUUUUGACAUCAUCACGGUAAUUAACAAUAGAAAAAACAUUAAUUUGAAACUACACAAAUUAUACACAUUAUAUAUAUGAAAAAUAUAAUCAAAUAACGAACAUUUAUCAAGAUGUACUGCUUGUAAGUUCACAUAGUAACUUUUAAUCGAAAAAAAAUCGAAGAA